CUCGCGCUGCCUGGGGUCGCCCGUGGGAGGGAGGGUGCGAGCGAGCGAGCGGUGCGUGCCGUAGGGUCACGUGGUGUGUGUGAACGUGGGAGGAGGGGUGGCUCCGCGGCACGAAGCCGGGGCCGGCGCGGUGGGAAGCGGCAGCAGCAUGGCGGCGUCUCUGGGCGGGCUGGGCCUCCUGCAGGGCAGAGUCAGGUUGGCUGCGGCAGCUGCUGCCUCCUCGCCUCUCAGCCGGCCGGGCGCGCGGGGGCUGGUGCGGGGAGGGGCCGCUUGUUCUCCGACGGGGAGGGGCUACAGCUCGGAGGCGAAGGGGGAGGAGGAGUUGCGGGUCCGAUACCUGGACGAGGAGAACCAAGGAAUUGUGGUACUUGGAUUAAACAGAUCUCGUGCCAAAAAUGCACUUAAUAAAAAUCUUAUAAAAAUGAUGUCAAAAGCUGUGGAUGCUCUGAAAUCUGAUAAGAAAGUACGAACUGUUAUAUUCCGAAGCGAAGUCCCUGGGAUAUUCUGUGCUGGUGCUGACCUUCAGGAAAGAGCCAAAAUGCACUCCAGUGAAGUUAGUUCUUUUGUCUCAAAAGCUAGAGCAACUAUUAAUGAAAUGGCUAAUCUUCCAGUACCAACAAUUGCUGCAAUAGAUGGGACUGCAUUAGGUGGUGGCCUAGAACUGGCGUUAGCUUGUGACAUAAGAGUGGCAGCCUCUUCUGCUAAAAUGGGUCUAGUUGAAACAAAGCUGGCAAUCAUUCCGGGUGCAGGCGGGACACAGAGAUUACCUCGUACGAUUGGUGUAUCUCUAGCAAAAGAACUCAUCUUCUCUGCACGUAUUGUAGAUGGUGAAGAAGCAAAAUCAAUAGGAUUGAUCAGUCAUGUGGUGGAACAGAAUGAAUCAGGGGAUGCUGCCUACAGAAGAGCUUUAGCCCUAGCACAAGAAUUUUUACCUCAGGGACCUCUAGCAAUAAGAGUUGCAAAAUUGGCCAUCAAUCAAGGGAUGGAGGUGGAUUUAGUAACAGGCUUAGCAAUUGAAGAAGCCUGUUAUGCUCAGACUAUUCCAACAAAAGACAGAAUUGAAGGUCUUCUUGCUUUUAAAGAAAAGAGGCCCCCUCGCUACAAGGGAGAAUAGGAGAAACUGAUACCUUGAAAAUACAAAUGAGAUAAACAUGGCUGGAAGGAUCUUUUGGCUGCACUUUGCCUCAGCGCAUGGCAUAUCACAACCACCAAAGUAAAAGCAAACCCUACCUACAUUACAACAUCUGUAAUGUGUCCAGACAUGUGCCUGGCUCAAGAAUAUGUAUCAAGUCAUACUCAGCCUGGUUUGUGAAGGUUGCUCUGUAUAUUUGCAAGGUCACAGGUUCAUAAGCAUUUCUUUUAUUUCAUACGUAUGAAACUAACCAUUCCACAAUUUAAAAAAAAAAAAAAA